AUGAGUGCCGCCGGUCUCGUCUUGCCUGCCAAAAAAAUCCAGGAGACUCAUCGUCGUCCUGCACACGCUGUCGGAACCGGAAUCAAGCGUGUACCUUUCAGAGCAAAUACUUCAGGUGCAAAGAGAAAGUCCCGUCGUAGGACAACAUCACGGCCAUUAAGCGAUACAUCUUCGACGCACGCUAGCCAUGUUGCAGAGGCUCCCGAACCACAUGCCCUUAGGCAGGCUCGUGUUUUCGAAGCAGAUAUCGCUAUCUCCGGUGAUACGUUGACGGGUUCGGCUGUCCUAGAGUCCGUGUCACCACCACGGUACACAAACCCUUCCAGAGGCUAUGUGGUGAAUGACAGUAUGGAGGACCUUGAUACCACAUGGCUCGAUACCUUGUACAGAGAAGGUUUCGAGGUUGUGUUUGGCUCCUGGAUGGGUAGCUAUAGCUGUCCGUUCUUAUUUGGUCACACUCUGGCCGAUAAAUAUGUCAGUAUAUCUGAUCUCUGCCGCCAUCUUGAUGGGUGUAUAGUAGACUCGGGUAAUAGUCAAGUAGCUGGCCGAGGCGAGGAAGCUGAACUAUCUCUGCAAAGCACCAUAUGUGCCUUUGCUGCGCGCUGGCUCCCUGUGACUUCUGCAGUGGAAUCUUCCGAAAAUCACUGCAACCUUGUACAGAGUCUCUGGCGACACGCCCGAAGAGACAUGCUGCGCAUUAUCAAUAGACCAUCCUACCGAUCAAUGCUAUCACUGCUUCUCUUUGCCUUGACCCCGAUACCUGAAGGGAUUUCGGAGGAGGAAGAGACUGACGGUAUAUCUGGCCAAGCAUGUGUUCAUGCUGCAUUGCAACAGAUCCAGAAUUUACGAGCCCACCAAAGGAACCUCCAAUUCAGUGGCUCCAAAGUCUCCCCUUCACUAAGAUCAGAGACCGUCACAACACCAGAAUCGAUCGAAUCUUCUGGCUUCAUCAACGCCGAAAGUACAGUGUACUGGGCCGCCCUGACAUUCGAUACCUCGGCGUCCCUGACCCUCAACUGCCGCCCCCUGCUGUCUUCUGGACUGUUCGGUUUCGAGUCCGAACUCCCUUGGCGCUUGGUCAGGACUUGUGCAAAGAUGUUUGACGAAAAUGCUCGCCAGUGGAAGCAAGCAAGCGCCGAUAUGACAGAUGAGAGAGCGAAUCAAAUCAUUGCUGCUGGUGCCUCCUGGAAACUUCUAGGGUGGAAGUUGACAGCAAUAUUCAAAGAAGCUCUGCGUGACGGCCAUGAGGAGCCUGAGGUGCGAAAAGCCUACUUUGCCGUUGUGGAUUCCAUAAAGCAGUUUGGUAUCGUCUACCGUCCGCACCUGGAUGAGUGCCACAAGAGAAUGCCGUUUCUUGGUCAAAAGACUAAGCUGCGAUGGUUCUCUCUCAUGCUUCACUAUCACCUCGGCAUACUGAUGCUUGUAGACAUAAUACAAGCUACUGACCGUCAGGACCUGCUACCGGAUAUCACAGACAUAAGUAUCGAUGCCGAGAACACAAUCAUGAACACACUGGCCUUUGGUCUUCACAAUACAUUUACACUAAAACGGCCCAACAGCGAUUCUCAAAAUGGAUCGCGAUCAUGGUCGAGUACAGGUAGUGAUGUCCAUCUAGUCGACAGCCAGGAGGCUCAGCUUCAAGCCAGCCUCGAGGCUAUUGAUGAGUUCCGAAGGAGCUGCAACAAAGAAAAUGCUUCAUGGGGAAAGAUAAUUACCCAUUCCAGAGAUACAUUAUCCGAGGCAUUACAGGCAGCGUGGUUAGUAGUAGAAUGUGUUCCUGAACGUCUUGACCUCAAACAGAAGAUCAUCGUGGAACUAGAUUCUAUCGCCCCAAAAGAGACAAUCAUCGCUUCGAACUCUAGCAGCUACUCUUGCUCUGAGAUUUUGAAGGGCCUAGACUUGAAUCACGAGAGCCGCUUUCUCAGCGCUCACUCUUAUUGGCCGCCUGAAGUACCGGAAAUCGAGAUCAUGGGUCACGAAACCACAAAUUCUUCGCAUAUCGAUUUCAUGAUAAAGCAAUGUAAAGUCCAUGGUUUUUCUCCAUUCCACGUCAAGAAACCCUCGAUGGGGUAUAUCUACAACAGAAUAUGGGCAGCUAUCAAGAGAGAAGCCCUUCUUACGGCAGCAGAAGGCGUUGCAACUCCGGAGGAAAUCGAUGGUAUCUUUAAAGGAGUUCUGAAGACGCCCAAAGGACCAUUUGAACAGAUGGAUCUCGUUGGCUUAGAUGUUGUCAUGGAUAUAGAACAACAUUAUGCUGAUGAGAGGGGGAAUAUCCCGAGUGAGCCCCGAGAAUAUCUGCAGAAAUUCCUGGAUGAAGGCAACUUGGGUAUCAAGAGUGGACGAGGCUUUUACGACUAUACUAAAAGGUAA